GCUCCGCCCUUACAUGAGACCCCUCCCACCUUCCCACAAGGAGUAUAUACAAGCCCUGGCGCUCCUCGCCGCCACUUCGAAACUGCCAACGCUGUGCUAAGAGACUCAUCUCUUUAACUCUGGAAUUUACUGAAGAAAUGUAAAAUAAUAUUGAACAACAACAGAGGAACAAGUUUAAUGUGUUCUUGCUACUUUAGAAGUUUCUAGAGAAAUAUCCCUAUUCAUGAAUACAUGUAACUAAAUUUUGAAAGUUAUCUACGAAUAUUUUAUUGUUCAUUAAGAAGUGACGUGAUAUUCAUGAUUAGUAAGAGGGAGUCAGCCCCCAAACACCACAAGAUGAUGGUGGGGAGUGCCGUGCAAUGGGUGCGCGCCGUGCUGGGCGCCAUCACGGUGGAGCCAGUCAUGCUCGUGGAUGGAGCAUGCAAGGAAGCAAUGCUAAUUUACACCGAAAAUGUUCAAAUGAACAAAAUUUGUUCCGUUAAACUGGGAUAUUCACCUGAGGUCUGUGCCAACCUGACGGCCCACCCGCAGGAAAGUGUCAACGUCCAGAGAGAGUUUUCUUUGUUCGCCUUCUACAACAGCAUCCUUAUGUCCAUCCCGCCACUCAUCUUCAUCCUCUUCAUGGGUGCCUGGAGUGACAAGUACGGCAGGAAGAUUCCCUUGCUGGUGACGAUGUGUGGCCACAUUAUCUACGCCGCUGGGUACUUGGUGUCUCAUUGGCAGACCACCUGGCCGGUCGAGUUGCUCUACCCAAUAACAUUCUUUGAGGCUUUGGGCGGAGCUAACGUGGGCAUUCUUUCCGCCACCACUAGUUACAUUAGUGACAUAACGAAUGAGAAACAACGAACAUCACGUAUGAUCGUGGCAAAUUCCCUGUGGUACCUCGGGGGCCCUGUAGGAACCCUGGUGGCGGCUGUGAUGAUUAAGCACGUCGGCUACCACCUGCCCUUGGCCAUGGUUCUGCUGAUUUACGCCGUGGCCACCGUGUACAUCGUUGUCUACGUCAAAGAAAGCCACGGUCCUUUCGCAGAGAAAAACUCACACGCUCAGGAAUCCUCGGCGCCGCAGAAGGUGACAGCUGCCAAGAUGUUGAUGGAUCUCUUCAACUGGAGAAGAGUGGUGGAGUCGUUCAAGACUGCCCUCAAGAGGCGUGACGGCAACUUACGCGCUAUACUUAUCACAAUUAUCAUUGCAAACAGCUUACGUCGGAUGGCCAGAGGAUUCUUCAUGUACCAGUUCGUGCGUCAUGUGCUGCAUUGGGACGCCUCGGAUUAUGGCUACUGGAUCUCCUAUCGCAACCUUCUGGCUGCUCUUGGCUCCCUUUUCCUCGUGCCUCUGUGUUCCAAGAUCCUCCAUAUCAAAGACACGCUACUCAUCAUCAUUGGGGCGCUGUCCAUCGUUUCCGAGUACGUGUGCUACGGCCUGGUGGGCAGCGCCGCGCAGACCUUCCUCAUGUGGCUGGGUCCCGUGGUCAGCAUCAUCUCUAACGCUUACAUUAUCGCCUUCAGAUCAAUGUCCACCAAAAUGGUCACCUCCCAGGAAAAAGGACGCAUCAGUGCCGUCAUGGCGGCGCUCAACGGCCUCAUGCCGAUGGCCGGAUACGCUGUCUACUCUCCAAUCUACUAUUACACAGUGGACACUUUUCCAGGAACUCAAUUCUUCUUUGGCGCCAGCCUCAACUUCACCAUCAUGAUUGCCUUCAUAGGAAUUGAAGUAUCAAAGGCAGCAGUAAUUCACACAAACGAUGAUGCAGAGAAAGGGAAAAAAGACAACACCUCCACAAGCGUUCCUGAUGAACCCAAAUUGAAAUUACCUGUCACCCUCACACCGCUCAGCAGGUCAGCCAGUCUGCCAAGCGGUAGAUGCGCCUCCUGGAUUCCUAAAGGGUCAAGGCAACCCCCAUCUCGCAACGAAGCCACGGGUUGGUAUAGCAACGCACUCACUGACUCCGAGCUUACAGCAUCGGAGGUGGGCGGCAGCUACCCAACAAAAACUAGUAAGUGACUCAACAGGCUGAGCCAAGGGCGUGGGGAUUCGAUGGAUGGAAGUUGAUCCACACCCUAGGGAACUACCUCAUUAUGUAUUGCAUAGCAGUGAGUUACGUACCGGUGCACAACAGGCAGAAAAGAGAGAGAGAGAGAGAGAGAGAGAGAGAGAGAGAGAGAGAGAAAUUGAUAUUAGUGUUCUAGUAACGUAGUAACUAUUUUCAUAGAUCUCGACUCACAAGCAAGAUGUGAGUGAUUCCAAUGCACUCUCAUGAUGCAAUAGCCCUGUACACCCAGCUGAGGAAAGGUGCUGUACAGGCAUCAUCAGUCAAGCUAUGAUCUCGCGUUUCCCCGCAGCAAGAAGGCGACUCCGAACUCCUUUGUGUGUGUGUGUGUGUGUGUGUGUGUGUGUGUGUGUGUGUGUGUGUGUGUGUGUGUGUGUGUGUGUGUGUGUGUGUGUUUCUGGAGCAAUUUUUGCCACAUGGAAGUGUAUAUAUAUACAUAUGCAGGUUUACUCGAAGUUUAUUUAUCACUUUAGCAGACAGAAAAUGUUAUGUGGAACGUACUUGACGGCAGCGUGUGCAUUUGUGUGAGCGGAAUCCUUUAUAACAUAAUGUAGUGAGAGUUUCAGUAAAGCAACGUGAACACGACCGAACUCUGAAGACACUUAAGAAACAAUACUAAUUUUCGCCUGACUAACAUUUCCUCUUGUAAGUGGAUGCGGCAAGUUUGUGCUGAGCGAAAGGUUAGUCUGAAAGGGUUGUGGUGCUGAAGCUGAACUGUUCUGAAACAUUUCUUUUUUUUCUUAAUUUAACACGCGUGGUUCACGAAUCGUACGAGCGUUAAUGUAACGCUGAGAAGGCUGACGCGGCCUGGCAGGUGUCUUCCCAGUGAGUGUGAACUGUGUUAGCGAGUGCCAGGCGGCUCAUUCUGUUAUAGUAACUAUGUUUGUAGGUUUGGUCUGCAAUGGAAGACUCUUGCACAUACACAAACACCACACGCACACACACACACACACACACACACACACACACACACACACACACACACACACACACACACACACACACACACACACACACACACACACACACACACACACACACACACACACACAUAGCCGAUUCUGUUUUGUUAUGUACGUGUGUACAUAACAUAACUGUCCUCUACUUGUAAACGCUGUAAUUAUCUAAGACAGGCUAGGAGAUGUUUGUACGCUUAAAUAAAUACAUUGAUUUAUUCUUU